ACAACAUAUAACAUUCACUUGAGAUGUUAUAUAUUAAGUUCGAGCAAGCAGGAACACAUUUGGGCCAGUAGCUACCCAAAGCAAUCAAACCACAUUGGCCAGCGUAGUGGCUUUGAAGCUACUACUGACACUCAAAUUCUGGUGGUGCGCCGAGACGGACGUCGGAUUCGGCACCACUUAGUAUUAAUCUGACAGUGCCCACAACUGUUGGCCUCCAGGUACACAUCGUGCAAAUCCCCACUCAUCUAACCAACACCAGCUGCCAUCAGCUCCGAUUAUGACCAGGGUCAUUCAUGUUCAACGGCAGGCAGUUCUUUCAAUUCAUAGGAAUAUCUGUUCUCGCCUGAUGGCAGAAUGGAGCGAGAUAUUCGGUCGAAGAGACUGGGAGAGUGGAGGUUUCACCGCCUUUGUUGCGCGCUGGCAUGCCAAUCAAUCGUGUGGGCGAUCUCGCCGGAUGGAUGUCAGGUGGCUCCCAUGCGAGAGCCUAACAGAGGUCUCUCGUGUCAUCGACGUAGGCGUCCACGUGGUAGAUCCUCUGAACUUUGCAGAGCCCACGAGUGUCUACUACUCAUUCAACGUUAUACAUCUGCUCCAACGGUGCAUAAAACCUCGUUCCGAAGUUGCGAGCGGAUUCUCGGUACAGGCGCACUUCGAUCUCCUUUGGCUUGUAUCGAACUGUCACCGUGUUCGUGCCCCGGCAAUUUUUCAGGAUUUGUGGGCAGAAUUCGCUGCUUUCUUUGUUCGUAUCACAGAAGCGCGUUAGAGGCGUCGCCCGCACACGUGAGAUAGUCAUCACGUAUUUAUUGUAAUACUCAUCAUAUUCAUAAGCGUUAUGAAUCAGGCGAUACAAUGUUCCACACUACCUCUGACUACCGCUGGGUUCCUGAGGUCAGAGUUCAGUUGUAUACAUAAUGAAGACUGGGACCUGAAUGCAUAUCAGUACGAUGACGAAGAGAGUAGAGAAUUGAAGUGUUCGAAAUUAAUCGAGGAUAGGGAGCAUCUGCGCGACUGUGGCCUUAGAAUCAACAAGAGUGAGUGCACAACGAGGUGUGUGAACGGACAACCCGCUGAAAAGCUGGGAAAGAGACUGGUAUAUGGGAGAGUUGUGGAACAAACCCACAUUGUUUGCAGAUCUUUCGACCGAUAUGUUUGUGCCUCCCUGGGAAACAAGAUGCUGCCCAAGCAGAAUAAGGUUGAAGAACCGGUGGUCAAUUUCGACAUGAACGGUACUUCUCCGGGUGACUGGCUGACGGAGAUACAGCGCGCAGCUGCUGGAGUGUUCAAUUUCUGGCCCAUGCUUCCUGUCGAGGAGGAGUUUUUGGACUUAAGCAGAGAGCCCGUUGGAACCAGCUUCGUGUGGGAGGGUUGGGGUACAUCACUGUGCUGGUGGGCAAACUUCGUUGGGGGUCUACGCCCGAGUGACAUGGAUUUUGUCCUCGAUCUCCUUUUUGAUCCACAAAACGGUCUAGGUUUGAAUAUAGCCCGUUACAAUAUUGGAGGAGGAACGGACAUGUCUGUCGAUAGAAACUUGAGGCCAUUCGCCGACAUUCCUGGAUUUCUGUCGUCGGCCGAUGGAGAGUACGACUGGUCAGCUGAUGAGAGGCAGAGAAAAGUCCUUCUCGGGGCCAAAACCCGCGGUGUCGACGUAUUUGAAGCCUUCUCAAACUCUCCACCUCGUUGGAUGACGCUAAGCGGGUCGGUCACAGGCAACUCGAAGAGAGGACAAGACAAUCUGGAUCCUCAGCAUUAUGAUGCAUUUGCCGACUAUCUGACUGAAGUGGUGCGACAGUACGAAGUUCAAUGGGGCAUCCACUUUGAUUAUCUGGCGCCAUUCAAUGAGCCGGUUGAAGGGUUUUGGAACAUAGACCGGAAGAAGCCAGCCCAAGAAGGGUGUAACUUCUCCGUCGAGACUAUAAACAAGGUUAUUCGUAAAGUGAAGGAGUCACUGGUUCGGAAGGGGUUAUCAACUGAGAUAAGUGGAGUUGAUUCAUGGAGCCUUAAUACAGCCAGAGUGCUCAGAGGCUUAGACGAGGAAACAAUUCGACACAUAAGUCAGAUAAACGUUCAUACCUACAUUCCCUUUGUUCGAAGAGAAGGCGAUUCGAGACGGAAAGAGGUUCAGCGCAUGGUUGUUGGUUUGAAGAAGAAACUGUGGAUGUCAGAGUACGGACCUCUUCAUUGGCGCGGAAGUGAACUGGAUAUUGCUCUGGCAGUCGCUCAACACAUAACCUUGGAUGUCAAUGAGCUUCAAGCAUCAGCUUGGUGCUAUUGGCAGGUGUUGGAAAUCCCUGGAAAAAACUUCUAUUGGGGUCUGAUGCACGCAGAAUUUGACUACAACCUUUCUUUUUGUGUAGAGAUCAAGAAACAGUACUAUAUUAUGAUGCAAUUUAGUAGAUGGAUUCGACCAGGCUUUCUAAUACAUCCUGUUCAGGGUAGUUGUAGAAAUUCCUUGGUCAUUGCUGUGGAUCCUAGCCAUGCCACCCUAGUUAUGGUAUUUACCAAUUCGUCUGAUAGAAAUAGAGACAUUAGCUUUGAUUCAUCUAGCAUAGCACAUGGCCUUGAGAAUUGUAAAACUAAGGCAGCCUUAUACAGGACAUCUGUAAGUGAAAAUCAUGAACAAUUACCCACAUUGUACUUUGAGUCUUCAAACGUGACUGUUCGUAUAGCUGCAAAAUCCAUAACAACUAUUGUUGUUUCAAAAUAAAAAACUUGUAGAGAAUGCCGAUUCUACGCUAGCCCAAAAUCACUUUUUCCGUCCAUAGUG